AUGGCUGAGAGCGGCAGCGAAGUUGUUGCGAUUCCGCCUGGGUGCCAGCUGCUGGGCGUGGAGCGCCGCGGCCGCGAGAUUGCGUUCCGCUUCCCGAUGUCGAUUCUGUCGAGCGGUGGCCAGAACCUGCUCGGUGAGCUGCAGGCGCACACCGAAGAGCUGAACCUGCGCACCAUUGGUCUGAGCCUGACGUCGCUUGAGGACGUGUUCAUGACGGCGACGGCUGGUGGCCCGAUGACAUCCCCGGACGCUGUGGAGGCUGCUGCGCAGCAGGAUGUGGACCUGCGCAACGGUGUGGUUGAAGGCGAUGCUGGGAGGCAUGGCCAGGAGAACGCCAUGUACGAAUCAACUUCGGGUGGCAUGGUGUUCCUUCGCCAUUUCCGCGCGAUGUUCAUCAAGCGCUGCUGCUUUGCACGCCGUGACCUGAUGCUGCUGAUCUUUCAAGUGAUUAUCCCAAUUCUGUUCCUUCUCCUUUCGCUGCUGAUCAACUUGGUCCGCGCUCCUUCGCAGCCGAGUCGCGUACUGGACAUGUCCAUGUUCCCUGAUGCCCCCGGCCAAGUAAUGAUGUCGCAUGCCAACUCGUACAUUGACAGGAAUGCCUUCCAGAUCAGUGCCACGACCCCAAACGCCUCGGUUGGCUCUGGCAAUAUCCUGGACUUCCGUACCGACACCUCUGCAAUGUCUGUGUUGAACAGCACCCUGUUCAUGAGCGAGGUGUACGCCAAUGAGUCGCACUCGCACGAGAUGGCGCGCUACUACGGCUUUGCGACGUCUGGCAUGCUCUUCACCUCUGGUGCGCCCAACUACAACUCCGCCAUCUUCCACAACAUCAGCUACUCGCAUGCCUCCGUGAUGGGUCUGAGCUCGAUCUACAACCUCGCUCGGUACCAAGUGUACGGUGACGCUAUCCCGAAGCUGCAGGUACGCAACCGGCCGAUGCCGAUUGGCGAGUUCGAACAGUCGAUGUGGGACGCGAACAAGCAGGUGAUGAGCGGCAUCUUUGUGAUUCUCCCGUUCAUCCUGAUUCCGUGCAACACGAUCAGUUACAUUGUGCGAGAGAAGGAGACUGGCGCGCGGCACAUGCAGUGGCUGUCCGGUGCGAGCGUUGCCGCCUACUGGCUGAGCUCGUUUGUGUUCGACUUCGCGUGCUACGUCGUGACUGAGAUCCUCGCCAUGAUCAUCUUUGUGAUUUUCAACCGCACUGAAUACAUUCGGAAGGAGAACGUCGGUGUCACGAUCACGCUCUUCUUGUUCUUCGGGUUUUCUGCCGUUGCUUCUUCAUACCUUCUGAGUUUCUUCUUCAAGUCGUCGUCCACUGCUCAGACGGUUGUGCUGCUCGUGAACUUCGUUUUUGGCUUCCUGUGGGUGACGCUUGAGGAGAUGCUUGCCAUUGGCGCUUACAACUUCACGUACUACGUCACAGCCAUUGUCCGAAUUCUGCCGGCCGUGAGCUUUGGUGAGGGCCUGUACGUGCUUUCUGGUCAGCGGAUCGCGAACAUGAUGUUCCCCACCCGUGAUAAACCUUACAUGUACUCUCUGCUGACUCUGACUUCAGAUGCUCGCUUCGUUGGCGGUAUUGGCACCGCCAUGCUGUACAUGGGCUGCGUGACUGUUGGCAGUACGAUUGCGCUUGUGGUCCUUGAGUACAUCCGCCUGCAGCGCGCGUUCCGCGGUCUCGGCGAUUGCUGUGCUGAAGACACGGACGCGAAGGACGAGCUUGCGAGCGUGGAGCGCGACUUCUCUGUCGUGGAGGAAGAGAACCGCGUGUGCGCUGAUGAGACGGGCCCCGCCAGCGAUAUGAUUGCGGUGCAGCACCUUCACAAGCGCUACUUCGGGUCGAACCACGCCGCUGUGUGCGACGUGUCGUUCGGCGUGAAGGAGGGUGAGGUGAUGGGUCUGCUUGGCCUGAACGGCGCUGGCAAGUCGACGGCGAUUGGCAUCAUCGCUGGCGAGACGAUGGCGACGAACGGCGACGCGUACGUGAACCACAUCUCUGUGCUGGACUCUGCGAGCCGCAGCUACAUCGGGUACUGCCCGCAGUACAACCCGCUGCUGGACCUGAUGAGCCCGAAGGAGCACCUGUGGCUGUACGCGCGCCUGCGCGGCCUGCGCGAGGAGCUGAUCCGCGAUGAAGUGAACAUGCUGAUUCGCGAGCUCGGCCUGUACCCGCACCGGCACCUGGCUGCGCACGCGCUGAGUGGCGGCAACAAGCGUCGGCUGACGUUGGCCGUUGCGCUCGUUGGGCGCACGACGUCGAUCCUGUUGGACGAGCCGACAGCCGGCAUGGACACGCUUGCGCGCUCGCAGACGUGCACUGUUGUGAAGCGCCUGACGGGGUCGAAGUCUGUUGUGCUGACGACGCAUCUGCUGGACGAGGUGGAGGCGAUGGCUGAUCGCGUGACGUUUAUGACACGUGGCCGCGUGAGCUGCAUCGGCACGCCGCAGGAACUGCGCGGGCGCGCGAACCGUGACUCUGCGUACACGAUCAUGGUGACGUUCCAUCACGACGUUGACCUGACCGGCGAGCACUCGCAGGUGCCCUCUCUCGUGGAGCGCUUCGUUGACGGGGUGAUCCAGGGCGACGUGAAGUCGAACUCGUCCGACAGCCAGCCCGGCUCGGCGGCGGUGAAGAAGGGCGGCGCGGAGGGCGAGGAGGGGGCCGGUGGUGCGAGCCUGCGCGAGGGCGCCGCGCCGGACGUGCCGACGGUUGACUUUGUCAGCGUCUCGCAGCCCACGCUGGAGGACAUCCUCCUCCAGGACAACAAGGAGUGA